AUGAAUAAUAAAAUCGAUGAUAAAUUAAAACAAACAUUUUUAAAUCAAACUCAAAAAUUAAUAAUCUCAUCUGGAAAACCUGUUGAUAAUCUUCAAUCUUUACUUAAAACAAUAAAACAAGCAGAUCAAUAUGAAAAUUAUCAAAAUUUAUUUAAAUCAACUCAAAUCUCAUCGUUUGAUGAACAUAAAUAUGAAAUAGAUUAUUUAAGGCCAACUAUGAAUUUUUAUAUGUUGUUAAUUAUCUUCUUAUUUCUUACUGUUUAG